CAGCAGCAGAAGUUGCUUUCAAAUCACUGAUAAAUCAACAUACAUUCAAUUUCCAACAUAGAAAUCACUGCCAUGCUGUUUGGAUUGAUUAUCAGGUGCUCCUGUGAUGAAGGGCAGGACAUGGGAUUUGGCCAGUACAAUCUUCCUCAGUCACCCUCAGGUUUGUGGCUGAUGAACCGACCCAAUUAAAACCAAAUGACUCACAAAAUGCUGCAACAUUUGCUGGGGAAAACAGUUGUACAGAGAUACGAUCAGGUGCUGAGUGAAGGAUCCACGUGGUGCCAACAACGCUGCAGCUUGAUGGUCUGAGAGCAAUUUCUUAGUAACGUGCAGAUAAUGCAUUUUAUGGUGAAAAAAAGCAAUUUUUCAAUCAUUAAAUACUGCAGAUCUUACAUUUGAUUGCCUCAUGAAAUAUACAGUUUCUACCUAAAAAUGCAGGCUUGCUGAAGGAAAACUAAGCAGCUUCUAUUGGUUUUACUUAUCACUACUGACCUACAGCAAAAUCUGGCGAUUGGAUCCUGCUGCAGUGAAAGGGCUUUCGUAUCAGCAGUAGGUUUGUGUACACACGGUCACUGCGCACAAAUACGGGAAGGGAGGACGUCAGCAGAGGAGGGUGAGGAUGAAGGUAAAGCACAUCGGAGUGCAACAGCCUCUGAAAUGUUCGCACAUCAAUAUUAUCAGCAGGAACAGGGACAGGAAGUUAAUGGAGAAGUUAAACUGCCAAUCGAAUAGCCACAAAGCGAUGUAAAAUGAGUCCAAGUGAUGGAGGAGCCCACACGUGCAGAUGGACAACCCCAGGAGUACAGCAGGAGAGCCCCUACCCAUCCCAGCGGGGCUGAAGCUGACUCUCUCAGGGCUGGGAUUCAGCACAGAGACAGCAAAAUCCUAAAUCGCAACCACUGCUGGUAAAACUGUGUCCUGCCCUCGUGGCGCUCAGCACCUCACAGCACGACAGUGCCCUUGCCACUGCACGCUCGUCUUUUGUUGGUGUUUGUUUUUCAGAUGUGCCUUUGCCGGCAGCCUUUUCUUUGACUCGAAGGUCAGAUGAGGGAAAAUCUGCCCUGACCUCCAGCAGAGAGCAUGGCUUUGCCCAGCGAGCACACGAUGCGGGGAACCCUGCACCUGCCACAGAACCUCUGUUAGGAUAUACCCAUCCUCCUUACACCGCAACAUGUUUCUCAGCCCCCCAACCUUGCCCUUCAGUCCUAAAAACUGCUGCGCACAGCCAUAGGACCAAGUAGGGAACAAUCAACACCGAAGCUUGAAGCAGCAGGACGCUUUCUGAAAAGUUCCCUUGCUACCCCAAGACCUCCUGCGACAGCCUUAGUAAGAGCAGCUGUGUUCAACACGGACACCACUCAGGAUUUAAUUUCUCCUGCCUGCUUGUAAUUUGUUCCCCGCUCUCAGCACGCAGAGCACCCACGCCCCGCAGCACCCCAAGACGGGGUCCCCCCACCCCGCAUCCCAUUCCCCCUCCAACUCCUCCCCAUCCCGACCACCCGAGGGGACGACCACGCUCCGGGGGAGAGCCGGCUCCCUCCCGAGCCGCAGCGGGCUGGGGUGCGAGGCUUUUAGGGGCGGUGGCUUGCAUGGGAAGAGGCUCCCGGAGCUGCAAGCCGGCCCCGUGCCGGAGGAGGAGCCGGCUCGGGGAUGCCAAGAGCCCUGCGGAGGGCAGGACGGAGGAGAUGGAGCGGCUGGGGGCGAACGGCAGCUGCAGCAACGGGUCUCUGCUCACCCUUUCGUGCCUUUCCCACCAAGUUGUGUGCCGGGUGAUCAGUGGUGCUGAUCCCGCUGGCUCAGUCCAUGACAAUGGGACUUCGGAUACCUCCUGGGUAGCUCGGCUGGAAAGCAAUUAUGGAUUCUACAUCGGCUUGGGCCUGGCUAUCUUCUCCAGCUUCCUCAUUGGAAGCAGCGUCAUCCUCAAGAAGAAGGGGCUGCUACGGCUGGUGGAGAAGGGAGGCACCAGGGCAGGAGAUGGAGGCCAUGGCUACCUGAAGGACUGGCUCUGGUGGGCUGGCUUGUUAACCAUGGGUGGAGGGGAAGCUGCCAACUUUGCUGCCUAUGCCUUUGCUCCUGCGACUAUUGUCACGCCUCUGGGAGCCCUGAGCGUGCUCAUAAGUGCCAUCCUGUCUUCGUAUUUGCUUGGAGAGCGGCUCAACCUGCUGGGAAAGCUGGGCUGCAUGCUGAGCCUUGUGGGCAGCACCAUGAUGGUGAUACAUGCCCCAGAGGACGAGGAGGUCACCACUCUGGAUGAAAUGUUGUCUAAGCUGAAAGAGCCAGGUUUCCUUGCUUAUGCUGCAAUCCUCUUGGCUGUGUGCUUCCUCCUGAUCUUCUACCUUGCACCCCGCUAUGGCCAGAGCAACAUCCUCAUCUACCUCACCAUCUGCUCCGUGAUCGGUGCCUUCUCCGUGUCCUCAGUCAAGGGCCUGGGUAUUGCCAUCAAGGGCUUCUUUGCUGACCAGCCUGUGCUGCAGCACCCACUGACAUGGAUCUUGGUCAUCACGCUGGUAGCGUCCAUCACUACCCAAAUUAACUACCUCAAUAAGUCUCUAGACAUUUUUAACACCUCGCUGGUGUUUCCCAUCUACUAUGUGCUGUUCACCACCAUCGUCAUCACAACUUCCAUUAUCCUCUUUAAGGAAUGGGUCACCAUGACCGUAGUGGACAUCAUUGGGACAGUUUGUGGCUUCCUCACCAUCAUUUUGGGAGUUUUUUUACUCCAUGCCUUCAAAGACAUGGAUGUCAGUUUGGGGAAUCUGCCACAGAUCCUCCAGAACGAGCAGCAGGCACCAGUCACUCGAGAUGACAAGAACAUCCUGAUAGAGGUGGACAACUCCAGCAUCGCUCCAGAGGAUAAACCUAAAACACUUGCAUGAACUCCAAAAUACACAACAGUAUCUCAAACGGAGGUGAAGGAAAAGGACGGAAGGAUGUACUCCUGCUAUUCAGAUUCUGCUCAUCCAUGUUUAAUUACUUACUCUGCAAAUAUGAACUCAGACUAUUGGUGAAUAUUGGCAAAAUAUGGUGAAUUUUGGAAUACGUGUUCACCAGCAGGACCCAAGCCAUAAAGUGUUUAUACAGGCAUAUGGAAGAGAAAUAUUUUUACACUUUCGUUUUUGGUGAGGUGCAGGAGUUUCCCUGCAGCACAGUGUUAAUUAGUUUUAUGUGUUGUGGUUUGCUCUGAUUUUUUUUUCCCUUAGGAACCGUAGUGCCUAGGCUGUGUUGAUGCUGUUGGUGAAGCUACAGGGCCUGAUCCAGACCUCACCUGAGUGAGAGGCAGCCCCUGCUCAGGCUGGAGAGCUCUGGCAGAUAAAACGCAUAUCAGGAGAACACCUUCUGCAGGAUUUUUUGGGGGGUCAAUGAAAAAAUCUUUUCAGCCUGAAAGAUCCAACAGGUGUAAAUUUUAAGGUUGUUUUUCUUAAUAAAUAUCUUAACCUUGGAGAACCCCCCCCCCCAGCUCUUUGAGAGGUGGUAUUUACUGUUGCUUUUCAGCUUUCCUGUGACCUGUCCUGCUAUCAUUUAAGCUGAAAAGUUGUUUUUGUUUAGAGUGAGGUCUGAGCUGCACCUUAAAAGCCAAACAAGCCUAGGUGGGUGAUGUUCUGCAGAGCUGUCGAGCUGCAGUUUAUGCUAGAGUGGUCCCAUCCACCCCCUCCAUCUCUGUGAAUCUGAUUUAAGUGUUAUGUGAACUCCUGCUCUCCGCUCACUUCCAACUUCCCCUCCCCCUCUUGUAUUUGUACUAGUUGUGGGGAUGAAGGGAUGGGAGAAAUAACAUUUUGAGCUUGGAAGCGGAAAAGAAAAAAAAAUAUAUUGCAUUUGAAAGUUUCUCCCAUUUUGCUGCUAGGUCCCAUAGAACUGGGAGACCAUUUUCUCACAGCAGAUCCCAAAACAGGAGCAGAAAAACCUAAUCCAAGUGUGCCGGGUUUACACAGUCUGGAGGAUGCUGCUGACCUGGUUUUAGCUGGUCUGGAUGUCACUGAAGAAAUGUGACUUGUGGUUAGGGUGGGGAGAAAGAUACAAGCUCAUUUUAAUAACAUUUCAGUACUUUUUUUUUUUUUUUUGAAGGUGUAAAGGGAAAUAAAGACUUUUUCAAAAACCCUUGAAGGUGGAUCUGAGAGAUGUUAAUGAUUUCGCUGAUCUUACUGGUAUAGCCCCGAAGGAUGAACAGGCUAAAGGAAAACUGAGCAAAGCAGAUAGAGCAUCUUGGGCAGAGUAAACCAGCAGCGCCCUCCUUUGGUCGCAGAAAAUAAUCUAAGUAAUUCACUCUAGCUUUAAUUUUAGCAUCUUAAUUGG